UCGGUUCAGUCCAAUUUUUGCAAUUUCCAAACAUGAAUGACAUUUUGAGCUAACUUUUUAUUUCCAGCAUAAAUUCCGAGCUAUUUAAAUGUCGACUUAUAUUUUGUUUGAACUAUUGAAUGCUCAAUGCUUGCCCCCCUCCCCCCUUCUCACGGUAAAUGUUAUUUAUGAAUUCCAAUCGCUUACGGGCGUGUGAAUGUUUUUUUUUUUUAAAUGGACGACUGGAUGAAUUGAUUGUAGGCGAUGUAUUUUUCAAUCGGCGAUAGUAUCUUUAGAUAUUUGGCACGCUGAUCAUAUUAAAUUUUAUGUUCCAGAUAUUGGAAUCGACGAAUGGUCUGGUACAUGUUAUGCUUCUUAAUAGGUCAAUACAUCGGAGACCCAUAGCCGAACACUAGCGCGGCUGACUAGUCGGGAGCUGCACAGGCUACAAAUUGGGUUUAUCCUUCAUGAGCAGUAUUUAACCCGUGUGUGCAAGGCCUAAGUUCCGGUGGGGUUCUUGGUCAAGGGACGUCCAAGGGAUUCCGGAUAGCGUGGACUGUUCAAGAAACCCAGAGUGGCUUCAUCAGGCAGGUGAGCUGACUACAGUGAUGAACAUGCCCCAGUGAGACUGGGCAGGGCAACCUGGCCCAGAGGAGUACUGGAGGUGCCAGAAUAGCUCGGCUACUCACAAUCAGACGGACGAACAGACAGAGGGUCACCCAUCCCCCUUACCCUCCACCUCACCCACCUCCCCUACUCCUCGCAACCAUGCCAUGGUCACACUGAUCGUCGAGCGUCUGCGGAAUAUUCUGGACGGCAACACUCACCAAACGGCUCUCAACGUGUCUCUGCUGGACCCCAACAACCUAGGAAUUUGCUGGCUUACAGAUGGAUUGAUGCCUGAGAGCAGUUAUUGGCAGUUCAGCCCUCCCUCCAAGCCUGGCCUGCAGGGUGUGCUGAGCUCCAGUUUCCCCCCCGGCCCUGUCCCUUUGGUUUCCCCCGAAACCCACCUCCCAGAGGGGGAAGCCCUGCACCGGCCCCUGGUCCCAAGCACCUCAGUAACGGACCUGUCUUUUCCCGGUGCACCCCCUCCCCCUCCGCCACCCCCGAAACGCCACUGUCGCUCACUGUCCGUGCCAGAGGACCUUUCACGCUGCCGUUACACCUGGCGACCCAGCGCGUCGAGGGUCUGGACACCUGUGAAUCGCCAAUGCCACAGUGGAGGGGGAGCGGGGGGGCCUUGUCCGCUUCGUGCUCCUAGCUCGUCUCUAAACUCCUCUCUACACUCCUCUUCAAGCCCCACAUUCUUUAGCCUUGCUCUUUCCCCUGACUCCCCACUGCCCUGGAAUUUCCCAUGGGACCCAAGUGACACUGCUGGAGGAGGCGCCUGCUGCUGUUUCUUCCCCUCUCCGUCGUCCUGCUCAUCCUCUCCCUCCCCGCUCCACCCUCCCCCUCCUCCGCAGCGACGCUUCUCGCUGUCCCCUGUCCUUAUCAGAGAAGCUGCUGCUCAGUUCCUGCCCCCGCCUCCAGUUCCACCCCAACGUGCAGCACCCCCUCCAGUUGUGCCUGCUUCGCCCUCCUCUGCCUGCAGCACCCCGUCCUCUCUUCGCCGAGCCAUCCCCCCUCAGCUCCCACGCUGCCACUCCCAGCCCUGCGACCUGCUUCUUCUCAAACCGGGCCUGAAGCGACGCCGUGACCCAGACAGACCAUUUGCCCGGCCAGUACUGGAUUUCACCAAGAUGACUCAGACUCGCAGUACCGACCCCUUGAGUUGUAUGGAGCGUGGGAGGCUGGCUUCUGGAGGGGACGUUUGCAUGGGCCUUGAGCCUUUUUGGGGGGAUUUCAGAGGAUCAUGUUCACCAGCAGAGGGGCUGGGAAGGACGAGCAUUGGACCUCUAAGCGAGAGUGAUGAGGAGGGUGAAGAGGGGGAGGAAGAGGAGGACCCUGAUCGAGAAGAGUGUCAGCCGAGUGUCUUUGAGAGGGAUUGUACAGAACUAGAUUUGAGCCUAAUUGAAGAAAAUUAAAAUCUUGUUAAUUGGAGACUGUUUUUCCCCUCUAGCCCCAGCAUUCAACACUCCACCCCAGCCCUGCUCCGCUUUCAUCAGCAGGGCUCUCAGGAACACGACUUCUCUCUCAUGGGAUGAGCUGGGGUGUAUAUAUAUAAUCUCAUUGACAACGGUCAUGAAAUGACUACUACUAAUAAGAACAAUUCAUGCAGGUAGCCAUGGAUGUGGUAUUUCCAUCAGAGUACAUUCCAGAACCAGUUGCUGAAACAUUCUUGUGAAUAAUCUGAAUGCUGGAGAUGCCAGCUAUUCCCGUAGUGUGUGUUGAAUGGCUUCUUAAAUGCGCCCUCAAACAGACUAGGAUGGAAUGUUGGAAGACUAACAACCUUCUGGUUACUUGCUUUCUUUUACAAUGACUUUCCUCUCGAUUUGUCUUUUUUCGGUACAGUAGUAAGAAUAGACUUUCUUGAAUGAUGGUGAUGAAUUGAAUAUCUGUGUUUUGUUAAGUUUGAUGCAAAAGGGCAGUAUGUCAUUGCAGUUUUAUUUCUGUGGUCCUUAUAUUUCCUGGUUAAACAAUCCACAUGAUUCAGCAGAAGCCUUAAGAACAACUUCUUUUCUGUAAAAAAUAAAAUAAAAAUACUACUACGAAAAUGAAA